AUGCUUGCUUUUUGGGUGGCUCUUAACCGAUCCUGUAAUUCUGGCGUCAAAUGCUCUCCCAGGAUGCCCUCUCCCGUUGGUAUUGUGUAUUCAAGUGAAAUCCACCGUCUUUCCGGUCUGUCUCCAAAAUAUGAAAAUCGCUUCUCUCUUGUUAUGGGUCUAACAUUUGCAUAUGGCUUGGCGAAAAAGCUUCUGAAGAUUCCGCCACUGGAAUGGUGCCCUUCAAAAGAAAUGGAGCUUUUGACACAAUUUCAUAGUGAAGACUACAUAAAGGCUCUGCAGCUCCUGGAUAGCUUCUACACAUUGGAUGACGAGCCAAACAUUCCUGAUGACAUAUCCGAACAUCUUAAUGGCUUUGGCCUCAGUUACGAUUGCAACGGGUUCAGAGGUGUAUAUGGCUACGCCCUUUCCGCUGUUCGGGGGACCUUAGCCGCUGUCGAUUCCUUGGUCGAUUCCCAAUGUAAGAUCGCGAUCAACUGGGCAGGGGGUUGGCAUCAUGCCAAGCGCUCCGAGGCUUCAGGUUUUUGCUACCUAAAUGACAUUGUUUUGGGGGCUCAGCGUCUCCUCUCCUCACCCAAAUUCUCUUCGGGUCCAUUGCUCUACAUUGACCUUGACCUUCACCACGGCGAUGGUGUGGAGGAGGCUUUCGCAUACACCUCGCGCGUUGUCACAUUUUCCGUUCAUCACGGUACCCGUGGAUUUUUUCCUGGCUCAGGAGUGCCUGAUGUAAUCACUGGCGACUACUUUAGGGGAGCACGUGGUGGUCAAUUUUCGUGUUUCAAUCUACCUUUGGCCGAAGGAGCUGACGACCACCUGUGGUGGUCCGCAGUAGAGCCCGUUCUCGUAUCCCUCCAUCAGUCCACAAAACCUAUCGCUGUCUUUAUCCAAUGCGGGGCUGAUGCUCUUUCAACUGAUCCACAUCGGAUUUUCAAUUUAUCCGCCUCUCUCACCUCCAAUCAAUCCGCCUAUGUUUCGGCCCUAAAGUUGGUGCUAAGCUGGGGUCUUCCUACUCUAGUAUUGGGUGGAGGUGGGUACCACCUUGCGGACACAGCUCGACUUUGGUUAAUACUGACAGCCGUCGCUAUCUCCUGUGGAACCGGUGAAGAGAUUUUUCUCGAACAAGACAUUCCAGACCACUCGAAUCUUUCUUCAUUUGGGCCCGAUUUCACUCUAGACGUGAGGCCUUCCAUGCUGCUGAAUCGGAAUUCAAGCGAGGCCGUUUCUCAGGCUGUCGAUCGACUUCUUCGUCAAAUUGAUGACUAUUGUGCCUUUAACCGCGUUUAA